GUUUGGAAAUCAGCGAAAGGGUAAAUGAAGCCUCAGAGAGGCUCGUUCCGUUCUGGGACUGUGAUUGGUGAUUACCGAGGCCAAAGGGCGACUCGCCAACCGCCUGGCUAAACCCAUUUUGGCUCAGCCUUGCUGCCCAUCGAGGGGAUCGAGUUUCUCCCUUCUAAGGCCCGCGAUUGGAGGUGUUCCGAGAAUUCCUGCCGGCCGAAGCAAAGCAGCGAGAGGAGGGACUCGUUGGUGCUCAGGCCAGAAUCGGGGCGGCAAUUGUUUAGCCCAGACAAGCUGCAUUGUUGCCAAUCCCACCCUGGCUGCAGUGAGAGGGAGCCGUAGCUGGGGCGAUGGUAGUAUAAGCAUCCGUCACCAGCGCAUUUCCAGCAGAACCCAUUUUUGUAGCAAAACUACAGACGGUCCAAACAAGCCCGUUCAAAGAAUCAUGGGAUGUGGAGCUGGAACGUAACCUCAAGACCCUCCAACCCUUCUCCCAUCAUUUUACAGAUGAGAAAACUGAGGCCCAGGGAGACUCAGUAACUAAGGUUCAGUCUGUGUUGUAUCAUUUUUCUUGAAGACAUUCCAUUGGUUUUUCCUUUACCACCAAGUUCUUUGGAAUCAAGUUAUGUCAACAGCUGCUCUAAUUACUUUAGUUAGAAGUGGAGGGUACCAGGUGAGAAGGAGAGCUCUGUUGACAUCACGCCUGCUGCAGGAUGACAAAAGAGUAACUUCCACCUGCCAUAGCUCCACCUCUGAGCGAAGAUCUUCUAGAUUUGAUCCAGACGGCAGUGGGCGUCCAGCUACAUGGGACACUUUUGGGAUCUGGGAUAACCGAAUUGAUGAGCCAAUUCUUCUCCCACCAAGCAUCAAGUAUGGAAAGCCAAUUCCCAAAAUUAGCUUGGAAAACGUGGGCUGUUCUUCUCAGAUUGGAAAACGGAAAGAAAAUGAGGACCGAUUUGACUUUGCUCAGUUGACAGAUGAAGUUCUGUACUUUGCAGUAUAUGAUGGACAUGGUGGAUCUGCAGCUGCUGACUUCUGUCACACACAUAUGGAAAAAUAUAUUAUGGAUUUCCUUACCAAGGAUAAGAACUUGGAAACUGUACUGACCAGCGCUUUCCUAGAAAUAGAUAAAGCAUUUGCAAGGCAAGCACACUUAUCUGCUGAUGGUACUUUGCUAAUCUCUGGGACCACUGCAACAGUAGCCUUGUUGCGAGAUGGUAUUGAAUUGGUCAUAGCUAGUGUCGGGGAUAGCCGUGCUCUCUUAUGUAGAAAAGGAAAGCCCAUAAAACUGACCACAGACCAUACUCCAGAAAGAAAAGAUGAAAAAGAAAGGAUCAAGAAAUGUGGUGGCUUUGUAGCUUGGAACAGUUUGGGACAACCUCAUGUCAAUGGCAGGCUUGCAAUGACGAGGAGCAUUGGAGAUUUGGAUCUCAAAAACAGUGGUGUGAUAGCAGAACCUGAAACAAAAAGGAUUAAGCUGCAGCAUGCUGAUGAUAGCUUCCUGGUCCUCACUACAGAUGGAAUUAACUUCAUGGUGAACAGUCAAGAGAUUUGUGACUUUGUCAAUCAGUGCCACGAUCCCAAUGAAGCAGCCCAUGUUGUAACUGAACAGGCAAUACAGUAUGGUACUGAAGAUAAUAGCACUGCAGUAGUGGUGCCUUUUGGUGCCUGGGGAAAAUACAAAAACUCAGAUGUCGGUUUCUCAUUCAGCAGAAGCUUUGCCUCAAGUGGUCGUUGGGCUUAGUAGCUUGUGCCAGAUGUUACUCUGCGAUUGAUAUCUACUAUAUCUACUAUUAUAGGAAACCAAACUAGAUUUUUAAAAAAUCAUCUUAUGACUCAAAAAUUAGUGCCUAAAUUGCUUUUAAGUUUAUUAUCUAUUUCCAUGUAUUGUUUAUGAAUAUCACGGUUAUCAUCUGUAAGCUCUAAUUCAACUUGUUUGGCAUAAUAGUAUGGAUAAUCAAACUUCUGCGAGUCCAUGUGUACAAUGAGUAAAAGGAUCUCAUAAAAAAAAAAAAAAUAAAGGGUUUGAUCUAACUGUGUUAACUAUUUUAUUUCUUUUUUUUGGACUACUAGGCAGCUCUUGAUUUUCAAUGAUCAUUUUUACUGUAUAAGCUGAAAUCUAACUUUAUUGUGUAUCUUUGGAGAAGUUUUUGAUUUUCAGCGUGUGUGUGUGUGUGUGUGUGUGUACAAAUAAAACAAUAUUAUGUAUACAUGUUGCUUAUUUUUAAAAUACUCUACUAAUUGCAAAAUAUUGAUUAUAAUAAAUACAGAUAGUCCAGGCCUUUUCACAAUUGCUUUUUAAAAAUUCUGGCCCAGUAACUAACUGGCUGUUGGAACUGAAAAAAAAAAAAUUGAAAUGAUUCAAAUUGAAAGUGAUGGGACAUACCUAAGGUAUGUUAUUACAAGCCCAGUUACAUUUUUAUGAAUAGUGAGCCUAUGUUUUUUUAACUUGAUUGUUACUUGGGUCUCAUAUAAUCAUUCAUUCUCUUAUGGGUGAGGAAGAUGCACAGUAUAUAUUUCUCAAUCAAUCUAGGAGAAUAGACUAUUUAUGCAAAAGGUUCUUUUGCUGGAAUAAUGUAAAAAAAAGUACUGAAGGUUUUAAGUACUGUAUAUAAAAUUUUCUGCUUUUAAUCUCUUUUAAGUGUUUUAUAUAUACUCUAGAUAUAUUAGUUUUUAUAUUGUGGAUAAUUUUUUGUGGGGGAUGAUAACUUCAUAAUUAUGAGGGCUACCUAAUAGUGAUUUGCUUUUACUCUUUUCUAAAUUAAAGUUAAAGCUUUAGUCUAAAGCAUAAACAUUAAAAUAUCUGCUUCAACUCCUGUUUGCCUUGUGAUUUGCUAAUGUAAAUUUAUGCCUUUUUUUCCCUUCUGCUGUCUUCUCUUGGUAAGUAAAUUAGCAGAUAGAAAUGGAUUUCAGAAUAGAGGUGCAUGGUUGUUUUAAUAAGUUAUUUCUGCAUAAUAUGUCUCUGAGUAUAUAUUGUUUAUAGGAAACUGUCUUUUUCUUGAAGUAAAAGUCUUUGAAUGUAUACAUAUUUGAAAUAACACUAUGUCAUUGAAAGGGAACAAAAUCCUAUAUAGCUCUUCACUGAUUUGGAUUAAACUCUUGAUAUGAUGUAUUCCCUUUGGAUUUAUAAUCCAGAGCCCCAGCGGUCACUGUAAGAGGACUAGAAAUGGGAAAGUAGAGGAAUACCUUUUAUGAGCCAUUUAAAUGUUAAUGGUAUUUGGAAAUGAUUUGUAAAAGUUUACUGUUUUAGAAAAGUAAGAAAUCCAAUCAAAAAUUUGAAGAUACACUGACAUAUUGAUAUCUUGAUAGGUGUUAAAGCAUUUAAAAUGCAAUUUCUUUUGUAGUUUAUAAAAACAAAUAGUGUUCUAAAAAUAUCAGGAAGUGCAAAGAGAUUAGGGUGAAAAGGAAUCAAGAAGACUACAGGAAGCCAAAAACCUAUAUCCCUAACUUAAAGUUUUCCAUAAUAGUUAUUUUCUCCAAGCUUUAAAAGGCUUUAUUUACAUCCAGAGUAGUUCUAUACAUUGCAUCCGAAGAAAAGGAAGUUUUAGGUCUUCUUACCUUAUUCAUCAAAAAAAAACACCAAAAAAAAAAACUUCUUAAAUGAAACUACCUGAUUGCUUUUGCCCCUCCUUCUUUCCAGUGAAGAUAUGUGAAGUUACAACCUGUGUCAUCUUUCUGUGAAAUUCAUCUGAAGAACAGAGUCAAGUUGAGGAACCUAAGUAGCUUUCUUGCUCUUCCUGAUUCAAGUCUUUAAACAAAUACACUAAAACUACACCAUAAAAUGAUUACUCAGAGUAUCAGAAAAUCUAUAUAUUAAAAUAUCAAAAUAGCAUUCAUUCAAGAUUUUUGGUUUAUUUGCUACUUUGAAUUAUUUGCAUUAGUGCCCUUUUCCACAUUAACACAGAUGUGGUCAUUAAAAUAAUUUUAUCAAGUGCCUAUUACAUAUAUACAAGGUACUGUCCUAAUACCGAGAGCUGACUUAAAAUCCAGUUAUACUAGGCAGUGUUGUCAAACCAGCUUCAAGAACUGAGGUUACUGAGGAAUGAAGGAUUCUUGUAGAUCUGUCAGAGAUAGGUAUAUGUUGCUGCUCCAGUCUUAAGAUUUGCUGUGCCUCUCAUGGAUAUUUUUUAAUGCUGAGUUAACCAGCUAAUCUAUGAGAAUUAAAUUUAUUUUUCAAGCCUUUAAUAUUAAGUAUAAAGAUGUAGCUUUGGCUGAUCAAGGGGAACUUAUUAAGAUUUCAAAAUCUGUGACUUGAAAAGUGUUCCAUGGGAAUGCCCCCACCAGCAGAAGAAAUGGGAGUGAUCUAAUGUUUUCUUAGAACUGUGAAUUUUCCAUACAGGCAAAACUGUGUGAAUUUGUCUGAUUUAAAUCUAGUUUAUAUUCAUAUAACAUUAAAUUCUUGGUUAUGUUCUAGCAGUGUUUGCUUUCUAUUUAAAUGAAGACUGUACAGUUGUAACUUAUGUAAAUUUAAUAGCUUCUUUGCUUAAUGAAUUGCUGCCAAAAUGUUAUUUGUCAAAUGUAUUCUGUAUAUUGAAACCAUUGUACUUUGACAAUACUCAAAAUAUAAAUAUUUGAAUACCUUAUGUCUUGGAAAUUAAAUGUACUUUUGUUUUCUUUAGUUCAUUAAAUUAUGACUAAAUGGUUAA